AUGGCUUUGCACGAGGGCCCGUUAGAUGAGGAAGAUCAAGUUGCAGUCGUAUUAGACGCCAGGUCGGGGGACCUAGACGGUCUUCGAGAGAUUUUUACAAAGUUCAUCCAUCCAAAACUACUCAUUGAAUGUAAGGAUCCAGAAACAAAAUCCACCCCGCUGCACAUGGCUGCAGCAAACGGUCAUCUUGAAGUGAUCAAGUACAUGCUUUCUAUUGUUGAACCUGAGAACCGCAAAGAAUGGGUGAAUUUGCAGAACCAAACUGGAAAUACCGCUCUCCACUGGGCUACGUUGAACGGUCACCUAGACGUUGUUAAACUCCUUUGUGACGAACAUGAAGCAGACCCUUUCAUCAAGAAUCAAUUCGGUUUUGAUGCCAUUUACGAGGCUGAAAGCAAAGACAAAGAGGAAAUUGAAACUUACUACUUGACAAAGUACGACGUUCAGCCUGAAGAUAACGAAAACGAUGACGAACCUGCUACGACAUCAAAUGUUCAAAUCUCCGAAGGUACAGAAAUUGAACAGGUCACUAAAGAGGCCACAGAAGUUCUAAAUGCACGUACAGCAGACUUGAGCCUGUCAAAAUAA